CCCUCUCGCCACCGCCCUCUCAAAUUGGUGAGCUGGGUGGUUUCCAAGGCAACCGUGCAGCCGGGCGGCUCUCCGAAGGAGAAAACCGCAACCCGGAAGUGACGUCCUUACCUCGCGCCCGCGGUGAGAGGGUUCGAAGAUGGCGGCGCGCAAGGGUAGGCGGCGCACGUGUGAAACCGGGGAACCCAUGGAGGCCGAGUCCAGCGACGCAGGGACCGAAGGCCCGGCCCAGGUCUACCUGCCCGGCCGCGGACCACCGCUGCGCGAAGGAGAGGAGCUGGUCAUGGACGAGGAGGCCUACGUGCUGUACCACCGAGCGCAGACUGGAGCCCCCUGUCUUAGCUUCGACAUAGUCCGGGAUCACCUGGGAGACAACCGGACAGAGCUUCCUCUUACACUUUACCUGUGUGCUGGGACCCAGGCGGAGAGCGCCCAGAGCAACAGACUGAUGAUGCUUCGGAUGCAUAAUCUGCAUGGGACAAAGCCCCCGCCAUCGGAGGGCAGCGAUGAGGAGGAGGAGGAAGAUGAAGAGGAUGAAGAAGAGCGGAAGCCUCAGCUGGAGCUCGCUAUGGUGCCCCACUAUGGCGGCAUCAACCGAGUCCGGGUAUCAUGGCUGGGUGAGGAGCCGGUGGCUGGUAUAUGGUCAGAGAAGGGCCAGGUGGAGGUGUUUGCACUGCGGCGGCUUCUGCAGGUGGUGGAUGACCCCCAGGCCUUGGCGACCUUCCUCCGGGACGAGCAGGCCCAUGUGAAGCCCAUCUUCGCUUUCGCGGGCCACAUGGGCGAGGGUUUUGCACUGGACUGGUCCCCCCGGGUGUCUGGGCGACUACUGACUGGUGACUGUCAGAAGAACAUCCACCUCUGGACGCCCACGGACGGCGGCUCCUGGCACGUGGACCAGCGGCCAUUUGUGGGCCACACACGCUCUGUGGAGGACCUGCAGUGGUCCCCAACUGAGGACACAGUGUUCGCCUCCUGCUCAGCUGAUGCCUCCAUUCGCAUCUGGGACAUCCGGGCCGCGCCCAGCAAGGCCUGCAUGCUCACUACCGCCGCCGCCCACGACGGGGAUGUCAACGUGAUCAGCUGGAGCCGCCGGGAACCCUUCCUGCUCAGCGGCGGGGACGACGGGGCCCUCAAGAUCUGGGACCUGCGGCAAUUCAAGUCUGGCUCCCCGGUGGCCACCUUCAAGCAGCACGUGGCCCCCGUGACCUCGGUCGAGUGGCAUCCCCAGGAUAGCGGGGUCUUCGCGGCCUCGGGUGCAGACAACCAGAUCACACAGUGGGACCUGGCCGUGGAGCGCGACCCCGAGGCAGGCGACGCAGAGACCGUGGACCCCGGGCUGGCGGACCUCCCCCAGCAGCUCCUGUUUGUGCACCAGGGCGAGACCGACCUGAAGGAGCUGCAUUGGCACCCACAGUGCCCCGGGCUCCUCGUUAGCACCGCCCUGUCGGGCUUCACCGUCUUCCGCACCAUCAGCGUCUGACCAGCCCCACCUGGCCUUUCCCCUGGCCACCGAGGUUGGCGUUGGUUCCGCCAGGAGGGACUCCUUCAGGUCAGCUGACCAGCCCUCCUCCGAUAGAAGGGCUUGGCCUGUCAGCCGCCAUGACGGAUUGUUUGACAUUUUGUUCUUUGAAAGGACUUGAUUUGGUCCCACGACCCCUCUUGCCAAACGAUCUGGUUUGACCCAUGACUGUAGAACUACUUGGUUCAGUCCAGGGAGCCUUCCAACCACAGGGCUCGGUUUGGCACCGGGGACCCCUCCUGCAGAAAGACUUGGUUUGGCCCAGGCUGCCCCCCCCACCCCCCCCACCUGUUUGAGGACCUGCUGGCCUGUUUCCCAGUGUCACUGUGGAUGUUUUGUGCGCUCUGGCACCUGGCUUGACCCUUUGACCUCUCCAUCCCAGGACCCAGUUGUGGCCUCUGGUCUUCCCCCCCCCCCCCCCCCCGGGAACUCGAGCACUUUACAGUGGGUGGGCUGAAGUUGAGGGGUGGGCUGGGCUCCUCCAGCAGAAUCUGGUUUUGCCCGUUGUCUUCCUGCCAAACAGGGUUUGGCCCGGACUUCCCAGUGGGGGGCUGUGGGGGUCUUCCUCCCCUCCAUCCUGCAUCCAAGGCAGGCGCUGUGCGGGGAGGAAGGUCCGGGGCUCCUGAGGCAGUAAAGGACCAGAAGGAGGCCUGAUGUGUGUGGGACUCAUCUGCUGGCUGCUUCUCUGUGAAGAAAUGGGAGGAGGAGGCGGGAACCGGGCCCCCACCCCAGCUGUUCAGAGGCCACCGAGCUGGGAGAGGCCAGUGGGAAUCCCUGCUUCCUGUGGUCUCUCAGCCCCCAUCAGGUGCUGUUCAGAUCCACCUGCCUCAAAUUUUAUUCCAUGUGGACCUCAGUCCAAGUCUCUGGAGGGGUAGCUCACCUGUGUCCCCCUAACUUUUUAAGGCUUCAUCUCAGAAGGAACCAGGGAGGCUCCCCCCAUUUCUCUGUCUUUCCACCUCUGUCCCCUUUAUCUCUUUGUUCCCUCAUCUGUGUCCCCACCUCCCCGUGUCUCCCUGCCCCCUCCCCCUUCUGUGUCUGCCACCGCAUCUCCUCCAGCCUGCUUGGGCUGCGGCCCAGCUGCCCUGCCUGGCCAUCCUCCCUGGCUCCCCCUCUGCGGCUCUGAGCUGGCCCCACCCCCUGCCCCCCCUCAGCCAGGCCUCUGAUCCGCCUGUGGACACAGAGGUCGGGCGCCCGGCACAAGGCCCCCGGGGCCCAGGACGCAUCACUGCCCCUCAGCACCCACAGAGGCCUCCCUGCGGCCCUAGCAGAGGAUCCCCCGGCGGAGGGCAUGGGGGUGGGCUGCCCCACCAGGUAUGUGCCUCCAUACAGAGACCCCGGGGGUGGGGGGGGCUCCCGCACCUCCCCCCACACCCCUACCCUGCACCCUCCUUGCUUGGGCUCCUCUGCUCCACAUUCCCCAUCCUCAGUGUUCCCCCCAGGAAGGUCCUUCCUCACCCUCGGUGACCAAGUCCAGCCCCCAAACAACCUCUCCCCCUGGUUGGGUGCCUCCGUCUCUGACCCUGUCUCCAUCUGCCUUCUGCUCCCUUGUCCCUGUCAUCGCAAGCCUCUCUCGCCCUUCUCUGUCCACAACUCCAGCUCCCUGCCGUCCCAUUUCCUGACACAUCAUCUCCCCUUCCCAACUUUUCCUAGUCAGCCUGUCUCUCCUGUCCCCUCCCGCUCUCUAUCCACUCCUGCUAUGUCUCUGUCCCCUCUCUCUAGGUCUCUGACACCCCCCCCCCCAGG